CUUAUUAAAACAAUUUGUUUCAGAGUAAAACGUUAGCGGGAGAUAGUUCCGUUCUGUUCUCUCCGCCGUCGAUAGUGAAGAACUCUCUACAGGAGUCCAGCAGUUUACACAGCCUCAUGAGCGACACUCCGGACAACAAAUACCAAGACAUGGACAUUGAGUCUGUCAUCACUGAAAAAACUAAGAUACGACGUCUAUCGGAUGAGCCGAUCGUAGUAAAAAAGUCAGCGGUGAGGUCCAUCAAGUUCGAUCAAGCGCCAGUAGAAACAGAAACGGAUGAAAAACCUAUGCUUUUAUUGAAUAAUGAUAACAAAUGGGAGAUAUACGCGUGCGGCAAGACUCAAGACCAGUUGGACCUAACAGUACUAGCACAUCAGUACCUAAGGAAUACAGCACUAAAACCUAGAUCAUUAAACUUUUAAAAUACAUAUAGAAACACCCGGUUUAUGAAAUUAUCAAAAUGUUGUCAAUUAACAUUCCUAUCAUUAAUUUUAACUACAUUGAUCUAUACUGAAUAGAUAGGCUAUUGUGGAUUUGUAGCUGCUUCGAUCUAUUUAUUUUCAAUCAUUGUAAAGAACGUCAAAAUUGUGUAAAUCACAGGCACAAAAUACUACGCAUGUUAACCUAUCCAUUUAUAAAGAUCAGUGUAAUUGAGUUUAGGCUACCCUGGUACUUUUUUUAUCAAAUUGUUUUAUAUAUUUCCUCAAAGAAAAUCUAAGGGAAUAUUGUUUACAUGUGUCGUAAUCGAAACAAAAGUUAAACAAGUUUCGCAAAUUAAACUUUGCUAAAGAAAAAUUAAUUGAAAAUUAAAAAUAAUUUAAAAUUGUUAUCAGAAACCGGGUUUAAGUUAGUGAUAGAUGACAGUGUGAUUUUAGUUUUAAGAACACUUUAGUUUUUAUAUUUAAGUUUAUGUAAAUGUUCAUUUACUAUAAAAAUGAUUGUGUAUCAGUAAUUAAAACUAUGUAUCAUGGAGAAUUUUUAAUAUCGUAUAAAAAGUUGCCAUUUUUAAACGUUCUAAAUGUUUUCUUGCAUUUUAAUAACGGUAUAUUUUUUUCUUAAUUACAAUGCAAUGCAAAUGCAACGCAAAUUUAAUGACAUCAUUUGCAAGAAAUCAAAGUUUUAAAUUUGGAAUUCCCGAAAAAA